ACGUAAACCCACAAUCUUCACCUCCUUCAUCUUCAUCUUGUUCAUCUUCACUUUAUUCAUCUUCAUCCCCUUCUUCCAUCAUCUUCACCAAAAACUCCUCCCCUUCUUCAUCAACCCAUUCCCUUCUUUUUUUCUUUUUUUUCAUAUCAUCAUCAUCAACACUCUUCUUCUCCUUCUUCAACCAACCAUGUCCAAACCUUCUCUCCCAGAUUUAACACAAACCCAACUCAGAUUUAACACCAAAUUUACCUUGGUGAAGUGUAUUGCCAAGUCUUGUUGAUUCCUGAAAGUGAGCAAGUGGAGAAAAACUUAGGGGAAGGGGACACUGAUGCUGAUGGUGAAGAGGAUACUGAAGCUAUGGUGAAGUCAACAACACCUCACAUGUUCUGCAAGACUCUGACAGCUUCAGACACUAGCACUCAUGGUGGAUUCUCUGUGCCUCGUCGAGCUGCUGAAGAUUGCUUUCCUCCCCUGGUAAUUACGAAAUAUGGCAUGAUGGGGGUGGGUUUUGGUGAAUAUGAUGGAAGCAGGGGGUGAAGAGGGUGGAAGAAAGAAGAAAGGGACCAAAGUGAAAGAAAAUUAGAAAGAUAAUGUUGACUUUUAUUAAUUGGGUUAACGGACGUUUGGGGAUUUUAACGUCAGGGACUAAUAUGACUAUUUUUUGCCACAUUUGGGGACCGCGAGCCUAAUAAAAUUCAUCCAGGGACGAUUCUGAAGUCGGUGCGAACAUCUAGGGACCAAUGUGACCAUUUACCCUUUAAAGAUAACAUAUAUUCACUUCUACCAAACUUUCAAACCAUAAACACGUUUUUAUUCCUCCAUUAAUAUGAUCUGAUCUGAGGAAUAUAAUUGUGUUCUGCAAUGGGGCAAGGAGAAGUGAGUAACAGUUGGUCAGAUAUCCCACAGGACUUAUUGGAGGAGAUUGUACGGAAGUUAACCUUAGUGGAUUACCUCAAUUGUCGACGAGUAUGUCAGUCAUGGCGGCGCAUAGUUAAAGAUGCUGUCGCAACCAAGGGAACAUGUCCCCCUGCUCGUCAAUUCCCAUUCCUGAUGUUGCUUCCUCCUAAUUUUCAGAACAAAAAUCCUGUCACUACUCUUUUAGACAUCACACAAGAAAACAACACCUCUUACACCAUCCCAAUCCCUCAAACGUGGAGGGGUUGUUUUGAUUUUGAUAGGGUCUUUUCAGUGCAAGGAUGGGUGGUGUUCCAGAAAAUCUAUUAUAAGGAAAACUGGAAUUAUGAUUUGCUUCUGUUUUGCAAUCCAGUGUCUGGUGAACGGUUUGAGCUCCCACAUUUGCCACUGUUUCAGGGUCAGGAUUUUACUCAUAAAAUUUAUGUUAAACCAGUGUUCUCUACAGCACCACCAAAUUCCUCAGACUUUGUUGUGGUGCUUUGUGCUAUUUUAUACCUACCGCAAGAAGAUCGAUGGAGGCAUCAGUUAGCUUUUUACAAGGUGACCGACAAGAAGUGGGCUCUAAUUCCAACCGAUCAAUCUCAAAGAUUUUCUGAGUUUGUAAUUCUUGAUAGGAAAUUAUAUGCUAUGAGUAUGCUUUUAUAUAAAUCAGGUUGUGUUACUGUUUUUAAUCUCACAGACUCCAAUAACAUUACAUUUGAGAAGCUGGAACCAGAACGAAUUCAACCUGUCCUCUCCCGUACAUGCAUGUUGGCAAGAGAUGGGGAUGAGAUCUUGCUAGUUGUUCCUGAUAGUAGGAUAAUACGUGAGAUAACAGGAUUUUGUGUGUUUAAACUUGACAUGAUGUGUGGCGGCUCCAGAUGGAUAGAGGUUGAUGACUUGGGUGACCUUGUUUUGCUAAUGGAUUCUGCUGGAAUUCAAGUUAUAUCUGCUAAGGAUAUUAAUCUUCCUAGAAAGUUGAGUGAAGGCAAUUGUAUUAUCUUUUAUAGUGUGGAGCGUGAUCUUAAGGUAUUCUCUUUAAAGGAUAAGAGAAUUAGAAAAUUUCCUCUCUCACAAGUCUCUGGUGAUCGAAGUUUGUGGCUCAUGCCUAGUCUUUGGUAGAAAAACAAGGG